AUGCCACCCUUAGAGCCACCCGAGGCACCAUUCCCGGACUUCCCAGUCCCCAUCACUCCACCGCCACCGUUAACCCACCGCCAUUUUCACCUCGGCCACCCGUCCCCCCUUCUCCCUCCCAUCCUGGCAGCUGCGAUAGCUCUAGUGUUCCUUCUUCUUUUCGCCAUUAUUUACAGAAAGCUCUCAAAUCAACGUACUGCACCUGUGGAUCUGAAGCCGCUGCAGCCUCACCGCUUCUCUUAUUCCGUCCUUCGCCGCGCUACUGCCUCUUUCUCGGCCCACAACCGCCUAGGACAAGGUGGGUUUGGGUCUGUUUACAAGGGAAUCUUGCCCUCCGGCCAGGAGGUAGCCGUGAAGCUAAUGGAUGCUUCAGGCUCCCUCCAGGGCGAGCGAGAGUUCCACAAUGAACUCUCUCUCGCCUCGAAGAUAGACACCACGUGCUGCCCUCAUUUGGUGUCUAUCCUCGGCUUCUCAUCUGAUGACCAUCACAGCAGACACCAUUGCUCCGUUCGUCAUCAGAGGAGGAGACGAUUAGUACUAGUUUAUGAGUACAUGCAAAACGGAAACUUACAGGAUGCCUUGUUAGAUCGUAAAUGUCCCGAAUUGAUGCUGUGGAGGAGGAGGUUUAGUGUUAUAUUAGCCGUGGCGAAGGGCAUUGAGUAUCUCCAUAGUUCAUGUGAUCCGCCAAUCGUUCAUGGAGAUAUUAAGCCUUCGAAUAUUUUGUUGGAUUCCAACUUUGACGCGAAGAUAGCCGAUUUUGGAUUAGCACAGGUUUUAAGUAAGGAUGAGAAUGGAGCUGUGGAGACCUUCAUCGAAGACGACGAAAAAACUGAGAAGGGGCAAGGAGGAGGAGGAGGAGGAAUUGAGAAUGGAGAGGAUCAUGGGUCCAUAAUAGAAGAAAAUGAGAGUGUGAUGACAGAGGAGGUGGCAAUAAAUGUGGAUCAGUCUCCAGAGAGUCGUUGUGUUAGGAUUUUGGAUGGUGAAAUGGGGCCAGUGUCGCCGGAAGCUGGGACAGUGGAGGCUUCACCUUCUGAGGGCCUCGAUAAAAAGACUAGCAUAUCAGACGGAUUUUUCGACAGUGUUAGUGUUGAUAGUGGCAGUAGAAGAGCGAUCGGAAGGAGGAAGAGCGAGUCAGGGAGGGAUUGGUGGUGGAAACAGGACAAUGUGAAUGGGGGGUCGGAGUCCGGAAGGAUUAAAGACUAUGUGAUGGAGUGGCUUGGGAGCGAGAUCAAGAAAGAGAGACCUAAGAAGGACUGGAUUGCAACUCCAAGCACGGCGCAGGAGGGCUGCCCUAAAGUGGAGCAAAAGAAGCAACCAAAGAAAUUGGAGUGGUGGGCAUCUCUAGACGAGGAGAAAAUGAGGAAGGAGAGGAAGAAUAGGAAACCGAGGGAAUGGUGGAAGGAGGAAUUUUGCGAAGAAUUGACUAAAAAGAAGAAGAACAGGGAUACUAAAUCAGAUAAUGGGGGAGAAAUGUGGUGGGAGAGGAAUGAGGCUGUGGUGCCUGAAAGGAAGAAGAGGAAGAGCAGGGGUAGUAGAACCAGUAUUGACUGGUGGCUUGAUGGGUUCAGUGGCGAGUUUCGAAUAGGUAGAAGAAAUAGUCAAGAUUGGGCUAGCGGAGAUAUCCCCAAGAGCGGAGGCAUCAGCAGUACUCCAAGUAUGAGAGGAACUGUUUGUUACAUUGCCCCUGAAUAUGGUGGUGGAGGGCAGCUUUCUGAGAAAUGUGACAUCUACAGCUUCGGUGUUCUGAUUUUGGUUCUAGUCUCUGGCCGGAGGCCUCUCCAAGUCACGGCCUCGCCAAUGUCAGAAUUUGAGAGGGCUAAUCUGAUUUCAUGGGCGCGGCAGCUUGCCCACAAUGGGAGGCUCCUGGAUCUUCUUGAUACCAAUAUUCAGUCACUAGACAGGGAACAGGCUUUACUCUGCAUCACUGUUGCACUGCUUUGUCUGCAGCGAACGCCUAAUAAGCGCCCUACCAUGAAAGAGAUUGUGGGGAUGCUUUCAGAAGUGAUGAUAAGACUCACAAAAUGCCAUUCUAAUUUGGCUCCCACAAGUUGCUGGUGGCUGGUGGUGUUGUUGAGGAAUCCCAAGCAUAAAGGAGUGAGAUUUUAUUCUUGGUCCCAGUUCUUGAAGUGCAUUACACAGUAGUACAUCACUGGAUAUGUAAAAGCAUUCCUGCCAAAGUCAGCAUUGCAUCUAUGCAGUGUAUGCAAUUGUCAACAUCUUUAAUGGUGCAGAUUUUGCUAGCUGUAAUCAUUCUCUUUCGUAACAGAGGUUCCAUUUA